AUGGGUCUUGGUGGUAGUAGUUUAAGUGUUCCAGGUGGUGGUACAGAAGGUUUUCAUGUUCUUCGUGUUCAAGAAGGAUCACCAGGACAUAAAGCUGGCUUAGAGCCUUAUUUUGAUUUUAUUGUUAGUAUUAAUGGUAUUCGACUUAAUACAGAUGAUGAAAAAUUUAAAGAAACCUUAAAAGCAAAUAUUAAUAAACCAGUUGAAUUACAGGUUUAUAAUAGUAAAACACAAGCAGUACGACAAUUACCUUUAGUUCCACAUGAAAAUUGGGGUGGCCAAGGUUUACUUGGUUUAAGUAUUCGUUUUUCAUCAUUUGAUAAGGCAAAUGAAAAUGUAUGGCAUAUAGUUGAUGUUCAACCUCAUUCACCAGCUGCAUUAGCAGGUUUACGUUCCGAUACUGAUUAUAUUAUUGGAGCUGAUACUUUAUUAAAUGAUUCAGAAGAUUUCUAUGCAUUAAUCGAAUCAAAUCAAGGCAAACCAUUAAAACUUUAUGUUUAUAAUAGUGAUAAUGAUUCAACACGUGAAAUAAAUCUUACACCAAAUAUUGGAUGGGGCGGUGAAGGUAGUUUAGGUUGUGGAAUUGGUUAUGGUUAUUUACAUCGAAUACCAUUUCGAACAACGAAUUCACCACCAGUAACAAAACCUAAUCAAUUGAUGACGAAUGGUGAUAAAGCUCCAUUACUUUCUUCAAUACCACCACCAAAUAUGAAUGGAGGUGCACAUAUGAGUUUUACACUUCAACCGGUUAAUAUGCCACCAAUAACUGUAACAAUGCCAAGUUUACUUGUUCCACCGCAGGUUAAUACUAAUAAUACAACGACUGCCGCAACAAAUGAAAUAACAACAACUACAAAUGCUACAAUACAACCAAUGGUAUCAAAUGAUUCCAAUCAAUAUUCUAAAUAUUUUGGCGAGACAACGUUUAAUCCAUCAUCAAACAUUACACCAACUACUGUGCCUUCAAAUUCUUCAAUUUCGUUACCAAAUUAUAGCAAUAUUCAACCUUCAUAUAUUCCUUUUCCUGCUCCUCAACAACAACAACAACAAUCAACGAAUGUAAUCUCUACCGACCAAUCAUCAUCAUCAUCAUCCACAAUUCAAGCUCCAUUCAAUUUCAAUGCACCGAAUCCACAACAACAUUAUUUUCAACCUAUUCUUCCUUCUCCAUUUACUAACUCUCAACACGUACACUCACAAGUGCAAGCACCAAUACAAUUUAAUCCAAAUGCAUUAAAUACUUUUCCACCAUCACAAUACAAUCCUAAUGCAUUAAAUACUUUUCCUGCACCACAAUACAAUCCUAAUAAUCAUGGACAUUCACAUGAUUUUGAUACUAGUGGACAUGGUCACAGUCAUGAUCAUGGUCAUAAUCAUAGUCAUUAG